GGCUCUAAUGGGUUCGUUGAUGGAUUCUCAGGUGGAUAUGUGUGCUGUGCUGAGUUCAAUGGCAUUAUGAGUGACAACGCAGAGCUCACCUCCGCCACUCUCUAUACCACUGGAGCCCCCUGCCCAAGAUGUGCCAUAAAGAUCGUACAGUCACAGAUAAAGACUGUUGUAUAAUAAUAAUGGUGGGCACCAAAUGGAGAGAGAAGCCGAGAAAACCUUGUACUGGGGAAAAGUAGCCAUACUGUAAGUUCUGAGUG